UGCUGCAGACACCGGAUGUCACCGAAUUCUCGCUCACUGUGUGUGUGUGUGUGUGCAGGCGACGUGGAGGACUGUCUGGUGCAACCUCUGCCCCAGGGCCAGUUCACCCCGCUGCCUGAAGCCCUGUGUUGGGUGAUCCUGGACCUGACGUCAUCGGGGCAGGCCGCGGUCCUCGAGCGCAUCCGGUCCGCGCUCCACGUCGCCUUCCCCGAUAUUCAGCGGCCGUCUCAGGAAAUCGUGUACGACGCCCUAGCGAAGCUGAUGGCCGAAAGGAAGGUGUACCAGACCUCGCAGGGCUACUUCGUGGUCACUCCAGAGAAGAGGCGACGCGACUCGUCCGGUCACCAGAGGCGCCACAGUCGCACCGCAGCUCCUGAUGACUCCUCUCGUCCGAUGCUGAUGUCCACGGAGGAGGCUUUGGCCUACGUGCACGGAGAAAUGCAGACUAUCCGCGACGGAGACGUGACUCACCAGGCGGUGCAGACGAACCUGGCCGACGUCAUUUGCGGGGGGAAUCCAAAUGACAAGAUCAUGUAUGCCCGGAUGACAAAGAGAAGCUCUAGUUUUCCGGUGCCCGGGCGUCUGGAACGACGUCACUCGCUGCGUCUGUUUGGUAGUUCGAAGCGCCUGUCCAGUUCUCUGACCCGCUGUGGCUCGAUGCGGCACAUCGGCAAAAAACAUUUGCUCGGAUCCGACAGCUCCAGCUCGACCGAGUAUCCGAGUACUGACUGCAGCAAUGGGCAGUUGCCGGCAAAGAAGACGUCGUUGCUGUCACGCUUGUUCAGAAGAAGCGGGCGCAAACAGAGAGGCUCAUCGGCGCCACCGGCGGCGCUGGCCACGUUUUCAGCGCAGUUCCCACCCGUGGAGUGGUUCAAUCAGCGUGUGGUUCACCUGCACUCCGUAGGAACCCAGACCCUGAACUCCGUCGCUUCACAACGCUGUGUUGAUGGCAGUCUGGUACCCUCACAGGGCAGCAUCCCUCUCUGGACAGAUGAAGAUGGCGCGUCAUCCCGAGCGGCUACGCUGCCGCGUCGCCACAGACGCCAUGCUUCUGGGGACUCAGCCACAUGCAGCAUUGUAACUAAUGCGUCUCCAAGUAUUGUGACCAAUCACGCGAGCAACAUUACCCCUCGUUCAUCUCGUCGUCAGCGCUCGUCUUCGCAGAGCUCGACACUUCCGCGGAGAUCUACCUCAUCUAACUCGAAGAGCGACAUUCUUUCGCGGUCUACGUCGCGAAACUCCAUCCUUCCCCAAACGCUUGGACACAAUCCAUCGCCUUGCAAAACCUCUGCAACCACCAUUUCGUCAAAUGAGAAACCAAAUCAGCAGUCAACUCCCUCCAAAAUAUCAUCUCAAGUGUCUGUAAUCAGUCCUGGCAUUUCACCGAAUAAGUCGUCUGUUCAUCAGAACAGCGCUUUAUCACCGGCACAGUCAUCAAACAUAAGCAAAGCAACUCCUAACACUUCUCCAAGCAGAAGUCUGGCAGGAGGUCCUUCAAGCAGCUUGUCCUCGAACAAGAGUCUUCCUGGAAGCUCCUACUUGCCCACCAGUAGCAGUAAGAUUCCCACCAGCAGUGGGGCGAGUCCUACCGUUAAAAGUGUCAACUCAAAUCGUAAUUUGGCUAACUACCCCUUGAGGAAGAAUGGCGCAGCUGGCAACAGUGCAGACAUGAAGAGCGGCAAUCAAGUCGGCCCUCAGAAGAACGCUUCGGCAUCGUCUCUGUCGCCCGUUGGGAACAAGAGCUCGAUUACCCUCCAGGUGUCCACCACAAAUAGAAUGUCGCCGCCACCUUCAAGUUCAGGGUACUCCAGUCAUUGUCAGUCCAGCAAUGGGCGUGCAAGUGUCCUGUCUUCGGCUUGCUCGUCCACGGUAGUACCGCCGUUCCAGAGGAGCGUUACAGUUACUGCAGAGUCCCCGGAUGAUCGUUCAGCAAACACGACUACCACAACUGCUACUAUCAAUAGUAGUUCGAACACCAAGAUAUACGUCCAGCAACAAAAUUCUCCCGUCAGAUCCGUUAUUACGUUUGAAAAUGGUGUGAAGAACAACGCAAAUGUUUUGCCGAAUAAAGAUGUCGUGAUACUGAAUGGAUUUUCCUCGCGCGCCGAUGAUAAGAACCACGCUAAUGGGAGUGUGUCUACCAACAUCGAAAAAAUUAAAGGGAACAGUGAACAUUCAGAGACGAAAGUCGAGAGACCAAAGUCUCUGUACAGCCCAAGAGAGAAGAUGCAACAGGGACGUGACAGCUAUUCUAAGUCUUCCGGAAAUAAAAUGGAGAGGAGGAAGUGUCCCUCGCUAGAGGCCAUCGACUCCACCGUAGAUUUUUCAAGCGUAGAAGGAGCUACGAAAUAUAAGCUCACUAACAAUUUAAAUAGCAAUAAUAAUAUUACUGAUAAUGUUUUUAGACUGCCUUCUUCUUCUUCUCCUCCUGCAUCGAAGGGAGGUAACAUAAGUUCAACCCGUCACCCAAACUCGCAACCGCCCUCCACACAACCGACUUGUAGCGACCCAACGAUGAAUAACGCUCGGAUUCUACGCAGCCUUUCGGCGUCUCCGGCGCUGCCCGCGCGAAGCAAGGAGAACCUCAGUUACAAGAACGUACUUCGAAAUGAACCACUGGAUGGGAUGGCGCCAUUAAAUCUUAAUCGAGAAGGAAUUAAGAAAAACUUCUGCAGCAAUCCGUCAAGUCCUACAAAGUCUUUUGAUAAUUUUGGCGGUUCGUACGGUAAUCUUUACAUUGAAGGCGUUGGAGACUCUGACAAACUCGCAGCUUCACACGCACCAGGACUCUCGGCCAAGGAGAAAGUCGAGGAAGACGGCAGCGUGUCUAAAAGCCGUGAAGGUGGCAGUAUGGAUCUGUGUCCAUACUCUAGCCUCAGUGACCUUACGGUCCACUUCAAGUCAAUUGCAGCGCAGAAGAUUUUGAAAGGUGUCAGUAUCAACAGCAUUGACACGUUGGUAGAGGUCAAUAUGGCAGCAGCGGAGAAGCAGAACAACUGUGAUGUCACAAUUCACACUGACUUUGGCGUCGUGUGAGACUUGACGUCCCAUCUUCGAGGUGUCCAAAGCAGUGGAUUCUGCGUCCUGACCAGAAGCCUCAACACCGUCGUUUGCUCAACGUGGAAUCCGCAGAUCGUUGCUUUUCUCGAUCCCGGUCCUCGUAACGUUCACACACUGCUCUUUGCGUGCAGAAUAUCAGCUGUCAACUGCGUGUAAUAGAGCCAAUGCUACAAUUUACACAUGACCUUGAAAUAAUGCCAUGUGUGGUCGGUUUUGCCGUGUUUCAUUAUUUUUUCAUCCCUGAUUAAAUCAGUCAAUCAAAAUUCUUCCAGGCCAGUCUUCUGUUCAUCGGUGUAGAAGGAUGUUAUUUCUCUCUCGUUUGAAACACGAUGCAUGUGGUAGUGGUGCAUGGAAUUUUCAUGCGGACGUCAGGUGAAGUUGGGUGCGCUUUUAAGAUAAGCAGUUACAGAGGGAUGCAAAACUGUUCCUUGGUGGUACAUAGUCCAUAGUUCAUAUACGUGUUCAUUGUACCCUAGGUUUGCUUCUAGGGUGCUAACUGAACAAGCGCUUGACAUGCGAUGGAUGGAAUAAAUUGGAACACCUCUUGUAACGGUGAUUGACGUCAAAUGUUACCCUUCUUUGUUCGACACAUCGCUCGGUUCACAACGGCUUCCAUUGCUAAACACAUUAAAAAUAAAUACAUAAAUAAUUAACGUGAAAUUUAAAAUAUCAAGGUAUAAGAAUUUUAUAGGACCGGCAACCGAGUUUCUGACGUGUUUCAGGUUAGAAACUUCGAAAUCGUAAUAAAUUAGAACAGGCAAAUUGUUAACGAAAGCAAUAUCAGAAAAUAUAACAAGGCUUUUGCAAGCGACGGUAAAUAACUAUUUGAAUAACUGGGUGUUCGUUGACGAACUGAUAAGGGACGGUGGAGAAGUAAUGUUUUGACCAAACUUGGCAGCUGACGAAUAACGAGAGUCCAGAUUUCUUGCCGUUUCCUUAUAUUUUUAAAAAGUUGCUGAGGUGACGGAAAUGAUGAAGCAGGACGUUUUGUGUGAACUGUAAAAUAAAGUCAGCGUCGUGCUGACUGAAGUAAGUAGGAUAAAUUGUGGGAUCACCGCAAACAUAAUUCUUGUCUCUUGGGAUCUCAAUAGGGUCGAGAACUGUCUUCUGGGGUAAAGUUGAGUCUGCUGUUCACUGGCUGAAUGCUGGUGAAUUUGCCUUGUAAAAUUAAUCUCUGGUACAUGAAAUUAAUUUACAUUCUUCAUGGAUAAGGCUCUGGUCUUUUCCAGUUCAUAAUUUUGUCUGAAACUGUGAAUCCUUGGAAGGACUCCCCCAUGUUCAAGCAACUUAACGCGUGGCCUGUACGUACGCACCACAUCUGUGCCUCGAGCAGGAUUCGGACCCGCAACCCCUGCGAUCCGGUGGUCCAUGACGGUACGAGCACGUAGCCGCUGCGGUCGCCACAGGAUUAAAACAUUGCUCCUCCUAAUGUAACCCUGAAAAUGGGGUGGAUUUAUAUCGUAAAAUUUACUUAAAUUAACCAUUUAAUUAAUUUGAUCACUACCUUGAGCAAGUUCUUGUAAAGAACGCCUGUUUUGCCUGCGUGCAACGUAUGAGGAUGUCGUCGUAGAUUUAUGGCUCGUACAUGAUCUGAUGCCUGUGAUCGAUACGCAGUUUUUAAAAUCGAGUUUGACAGGGUGGCACUACUGAUAAUUGAAAUCAUGACGCUGAAGGAAGACUUCCGACCAACUAUUAGCAUAUUAAGUGGUAAAUGUGUGCGCUGCGUUGUCAGUAACAAACAUGGCGGUUCUGUGUCUGUCAUGUGAAUUAGCGUCGCGGUGUUGCCGUGUCUGGCAGCAGAUUGGUUAGCUUACUAGCGUAAUUUUGCUACAGAAAGUUAUUUGGUAUUUUUAUAAUGUAAAUUACUGUAUUUGGGCACAAAAUGUAUGCAUGAUAAAAUAAAAAUGCAGCACUUGUUAGUGUGGGAAAAGACGGCCGUUGGGAUCGCACAAAUUUUCCAAAAAUCAGGCAAUACAAUACCAUUCUUUAGUGACGUUCGUCCUGCAAUUCACAAAAAUUUUAGUAGUUAUCUACAUAAGAACAAAGUUUUUCUAACUUAUUCAGUUUGCUGGCUUUCGCUGAUUCGGUUCCAUUUCUCUGUGUCAGGACUUUGCACUAUCAAAAUCAAAAUGGCAACUUUUAUCAAAAGAAAAUUUAUGUAUGAAUACACUGAAUGCUGAAUUUCCUCGUAUACGCGAAGUGUUGUAAGUUUACGAAACCCUGCCCUUUGUUGCGUCAACCCUCAUUUUAAACUUUUGUGACCCUGAAAGUUUUGCACCUUCAAAAUUCCUGCCCUGUUCUUACAGUCGACAGUCUUUGAUCGGACGUUUGUCGAAUGCCGUUUUCUACGUACAUUAAGUGCACCCACUCGGGAAGACAGCUGGUUAAUCCUGUUUAUGGUCAGAAUCGUGUGACGCCACUGAAAUUUAAAGGUUUAAUAAUAUUUUUAAAUUCAGAUUUAAUAACGGACCCUUAAGAAAACAUUUAGAGUGUGAGAUUCCAAGGAAGGCCCCUGUGGGAUAAUAUCGAGAGCGACUGACGUCUUGAUUUAUAUGCCAGCGUGUUUGAAUGCUGCUAGCGAGAGAUUUUAUGUUCCGAAACAAAUCUGACUGCCACGGGAUGGCAAAAAAAGCAUUUAUAGGGGGUGUGUCGAGUAGCGAGUGCUGCUUGCGUUCUUCUAUCACGUAUACGUUUGGAUUUGCCUUGCUGUUACGAGGUCAGUAUUGUUCAGUAUGAGAGCGAGGUUCCCGCUGAUUUCCUUUUAAGUUUUUUCAUAUUCAUGCCCUGUGGAGGGCGGGUUCAUUCAUUUUUAUCAUUUACUUAAUGUAUAUAUAUAUAUUUUUUUUUUUGUUAUUGAAAUGUGUAAUUAAACUGAGUUAGCGCGUAAUUUUUUGGAUACUGAUCAGUAGAAAGUACUCCAUUUUGAAAUGUACUGUACUUAAUAUUCUGCCUUUUUUGGUGGAAACCUUUUUUCUGUCGUGUACAUUUAAUGGUUCCAUUCAAGAGGCUUUUUUUUAUGGAGUAACAUACGAGCUUGACAUACUUUCAACUCAAGUGCCAAAUUACUAUAAUUCUACUUUUAUUAAUCAUUGCUGAAUGUAAAUUUAUUUGACUUAAUAACCCCAGUGUGUGUAUGUAAUAAAGUUCAUGCAUAAUA